CUCCGUUUGUCCUGUACAAACAAUCAGAUGACACGAUAGCGACUACGAAGCUUCAAGUGAUGGUCCGCUUCAAGAAUCGUUGGCUUCUCCUCUCUUUAGACCUUCCCACCUCCCCUCUCCCUACCCCAUCCGAUCCCUCCUCGAGCACAUCCAUAUCCAUUCCGCCCACCUCUCUACUCCAAUCUAUCCGCUCCUCGCUCCUCACACACUUUGGUCCAACGACCAGCGGCGCCCUCUCCUCCUCGUCCUCGCUCAGCGUCAAGUACACCUCGGACUCCACCCGCUUGGUCAUCCUGCGUUGCGCGCGUACAGGAGCAGAGACGGUGAGGGGUGGGGUAAGCUUGAUUGGCCGCCUUGAAGUCAAUGUGGUGACAAAAGGCGAAACGGGAAAGGGAGGAAGUACGACGAGGAGGGAGACGAUGCCCGUGAGAAUACAUGUUGUGGCGGUCAGUGGGACGAUCAAGAAGUUGCAGGAGAGGGUGAUCAAGAGGGAUAGGAAGGAGAUUGCUGAAAGACGGGCGGCUAUCAAAAGGGGGGAGAAGAGGAGGGACAGAGGCAAGAAGAAGGGUUUGAAGGAGACGGUCGAUGGUCAAGAGCGAGCUGCGAUGGAGGGUGGAGCAUCGGCGACACAGAGGGCCGAGACAGGAGCUCACGGCCGGCAAGACGAUGCCUCCGUUGGAUCGAGCGACGCCCAGCCAGCGCAAAGCAGCAUCACAUACCCGGGCGUACCAGCAAGCAUGGGCGAUGAAAAUGAAGAGGACUUGGGCCUCGCCGUAUAAUCAUGUACAACGCAAAUGAUAUUACUACGAGUGCGCCCCGAAAUUGCGCGCUCUACUUCUUCUUGGCGCUC